UAUUCUAAUUUCUGAUGAUUUAUUUGUUUUUAUUGUAAUUGGUUCCGUAAAUUCCUUGGUGGGUUUUUUGUUUCAUGCUCUGAAUUAGGUUCUGAUUACUUUUAAUUGUGUUUAUGAUGGUGUGGUUUAUGAUCAUGAAUUUGGAAUCGUUGAUCUUUUCUGUGUUGGGAUUGUUGAACGUUUGGAGGGUUUUUACUUGUACGUCUUGAAAGACAGUUUGAUCAGUUUUAGUCGGUUGUGAUUCGAAUGAUCUAUGGUUUAUCAAAAUCAGUUUUAAUGUGGGAUUUUAUGUUUUUCUUUUUUUGGGUGGGUGAAGUUUUGUGGGGCUUAUGUUAAAUUUUUUGGGUUUUGGUAUUGCUUGUUGCCUUGUUUUGUAAAGGCCAGGCACAAUGAUAAAAGUUGCACCAUUUUGACAUGGGAGGUCUAGGUUAAAUAGUUGUGGGUUUGAGUCUGUGUAUACUUGGCCUUUAUGAUUUACUGUGUUGAUUGGGAACUCCCUCGGUCAGAUGAACUAUGUGGUUGUAGAAAUGUUGAUAUUCUUCCCAUACGUGUUUUUAGAACUUUUCUGGACUGGAUUGACAUAGUGAUCCGGUUUUUUUUUUCUUUUUUUCAGGAGAUUAGAAUUUUGGCAUUUGAAGCAGGGUUAGAAAGUACAAAAUUAUGGCCAAUAAUGCAGCAGCUUGUGCUGAAAGAGCUACUAGUGAGAUGCUGAUUGGUCCAGACUGGGCAAUAAAUAUUGAGCUAUGUGAUAUCAUUAACUCGAACCCUGGACAGGCAAAGGAUGCUCUGAAGAUACUGAAGAAACGUCUUGGGAGCAAAAAUCCUAAGAUACAGCUGCUUACGCUAUUUGUGCUGGAGACUCUGAGCAAAAACUGUGGUGAGAAUCUGUUUCAGCAGAUUGUUGAGCGGGACGUUUUACAUGACAUGGUUAAAAUUGUCAAGAAGAAGCCUGACUUAAAUAGAGGGAAGGAGAAAACAGAGAGAAAGGAAAAAGGAAAAGAAAGAACAAGGGUCACAACAAUAUCUGGAGUGAUUAUUUGGAGAAGCGAGCUGAAGAAGUGGAAAGACGGGGUUGCUGAGUUGGAUUCUGCAUCAUCUGUUCCUACACCUUGGUAUUUUUUUGUUCUCUUGUCCUUUCUCAUUUAUGGGUCUCUGCUUUGUAGAAAAUCUGGAAAGAUUUAA